ACAGAUUACUUACUAAUCACCCUACAUCUACACACAAACCAGAUAAAUCAAACAAUGGCUGGUGCUUUAGAAAACGCAAGAAAAGAAAUCAAACGUCUUUCUCUUGACGCCGACGAAUCCCAAUAUGGGCAAAUUUACUCAGUUUCCGGUCCUGUUGUGAUUGCUGAAAACAUGAUUGGAUGUGCCAUGUACGAAUUGGUUAAAGUUGGUCAUGAUAACUUAGUCGGGGAAGUCAUUAGAAUCAAUGGUGAUAAGGCCACCAUUCAAGUUUAUGAAGAAACUGCCGGUGUCACUGUUGGUGAUCCAGUUUUGAGAACUGGAAAACCAUUAUCUGUUGAAUUGGGUCCUGGUUUAAUGGAAACCAUUUAUGAUGGUAUUCAAAGACCUUUAAAGGCCAUUAAGGAACAAUCUCAAUCUAUUUAUAUCCCAAGAGGUAUUGAUGCUCCUGCAUUAUCUAGAACUGUUCAAUAUGAUUUCACUCCUGGUAAAUUAAGAGUUGGUGACCAUAUUACUGGUGGUGACAUUUUUGGUUCCAUUUACGAAAAUUCUUUAUUAGACGACCAUAAGAUUUUAUUGCCACCAAGAGCUAGAGGUACUAUCACUUCUAUUGCUGAAUCAGGCUCUUACAAUGUUGAAGAUACCGUUUUAGAAGUAGAAUUCGAUGGUGUAAAGCAUAAAUACUCCAUGAUGCAUACUUGGCCAGUCAGAGUUCCAAGACCAGUUGCCGAAAAAUUAACUGCUGAUUAUCCAUUAUUAACCGGUCAAAGAGUUUUAGAUUCUUUGUUCCCAUGUGUUCAAGGUGGUACUACCUGUAUUCCAGGGGCUUUCGGUUGUGGUAAGACUGUUAUUUCCCAAUCCUUAUCUAAGUUCUCCAAUUCGGAUGUUAUUAUUUACGUUGGUUGUGGUGAAAGAGGUAAUGAAAUGGCAGAAGUUUUGAUGGAAUUCCCUGAAUUAUUCACUGAAGUUUCUGGAAGAAAAGAGCCAAUUAUGAAGCGUACUACUUUGGUUGCCAAUACUUCCAACAUGCCUGUCGCUGCUAGAGAAGCUUCCAUUUAUACUGGUAUUACCUUGGCUGAAUAUUUCAGAGAUCAAGGUAAGAAUGUUUCUAUGAUUGCUGAUUCCUCAUCUCGUUGGGCCGAAGCCUUGAGAGAAAUUUCUGGUAGAUUGGGUGAAAUGCCUGCUGAUCAAGGUUUCCCAGCUUAUUUGGGUGCUAAAUUAGCUUCUUUCUAUGAACGUGCUGGUAAAUCUAUUGCCUUGGGUUCUCCAGAAAGAAUCGGUUCUGUUUCUAUUGUUGCUGCUGUUUCCCCAGCCGGUGGUGAUUUCUCCGAUCCAGUUACUACUUCUACAUUAGGUAUUACCCAAGUUUUCUGGGGUUUGGAUAAGAAAUUGGCCCAAAGAAAGCAUUUCCCAUCUAUUAACACCAGUGUAUCUUAUUCCAAAUACACCAAUGUUUUAAACAAAUAUUACGAUUCCAACUAUCCUGAAUUCCCACAAUUGCGUGAUAAAAUCAGAGAAAUUUUGUCCAAUGCUGAAGAAUUAGAACAAGUUGUUCAAUUGGUUGGUAAAUCUGCUUUAUCGGAUUCCGAUAAGAUUACUUUGGAUGUUGCCACCUUAAUCAAGGAAGAUUUCUUGCAACAAAACGGUUACUCUUCUUAUGAUGCCUUCUGUCCAAUUUGGAAGACCUUUGAUAUGAUGAGAGCAUUCAUUAGUUAUUAUGAUGAAGCCCAAAAGGCAGUUGCCAAUGGUGCCCAAUGGUCGAAAUUAUCUGAAGCCACCAGUGAUGUCAAGCAUGCAGUCAGUUCCGCCAAGUUCUUUGAACCUUCAAGAGGGGUUAAAGAAGGUGAAGCUGAAUUUGGUAAUUUGUUGACCAAAAUCAGUGAAAGAUUUGCUGAAGCUUCUGAAUAAAGAGUGUUUAAAUACAAUUAUAUACGUGUCUCUGUUUUGUUGAUUUUAUAUACGUUUUUUUUUUCUAAUAAAGAGUUACAAAGAAAUCUCCAAUAGCUGUCAUGACAGACCAAAUUCCUGCAAAACAUUCAACAAUGAAAUUAUCUACACCAUCAAUCAAAUCUCUGACUUCGUCAUCUAAUGAGUUUAUGAUUUGAGUUCUUCUGAGAUCAUCAUC